GGCCGAGGACCAGAGCGGCUCCGGCUCCGGCUCCACCCGCCCAGUCAGCGCCCGGCUGGCUGAUCUGCGGCCACCGGGACGCGUCGGGCAGGGCCGGCGGGCGGCGUCGCCAUGGGCUCGGGCUGGAGCAGCGAGGAGGAGGAGCGGCAGCCGCUGCUGGGCCCGGGGCUCGGGCCUGCACCGGGGGCUGCGCGCAGGGGCCGGGAGGCGGCGGCCGUGCUGCCAGCGGCGGGCCCGGGCCCCGGGCGGGUGUACGGGCGCCGCUGGCUGGUGCUGCUGCUCUUCUCCCUGCUCGCCUUCGCCCAGGGCCUGGUCUGGAACACCUGGGGCCCCAUCCAGAACUCGGCGCGCCAGGCCUAUGGCUUCUCCGGCUUGGACAUCGCGCUGCUGGUAAUGUGGGGGCCCAUCGGCUUCCUGCCCUGCUUCGCUUUCAUGUGGCUGCUGGACAAGAAAGGUUUGCGGGUAACCGUGCUGCUGACGUCCCUUCUUGUGGUUCUGGGAACUGGUCUAAGGUGCAUACCUGUAUCAGACUUAACCCUUAAGAAAAGAUUAAUCCAUGGAGGACAAAUAUUAAACGGACUGGCAGGUCCAACUGUCAUGAAUGCAGCCCCGUUUCUCUCCACAACAUGGUUCUCUGCAGAUGAACGAGCCACUGCCACAGCAAUCGCAUCGAUGCUGAGUUACCUUGGUGGAGCAUGCGCAUUUCUGGUUGGGCCCCUUGUUGUUCCGGCUCCCAAUGGGACAUCACCCCUUCUUGCUGCAGAGAGUAGCCGGGCUCAUAUCAAAGACCGCAUCGAGACUGUACUAUAUGCAGAGUUUGGAGUUGCCUGCCUAAUAUUCUCCGCCACCCUUGCUUACUUCCCACCCCGGCCCCCCCUUCCUCCCAGUGUUGCUGCGGCGAGCCAGAGGCUGAGUUACCGGCGCAGCUUUUGUAGGUUACUGAGCAAUUUGAGGUUUUUGAUGAUUGCAUUAGCAUAUGCGAUACCGCUUGGUGUGUUUGCCGGCUGGUCUGGAGUUCUGGACUUAAUUUUAACACCAGUGCAUGUCAGCCAAGUAGAUGCUGGCUGGAUUGGAUUUUGGUCUAUAGUUGGAGGCUGUGUUGUUGGGAUAGCUAUGGCAAGGUUUGCAGAUUUUAUCCGGGGUAUGCUGAAACUAAUUCUUCUCCUCCUGUUUUCUGGGGCUACACUGUCCUCCACGUGGUUCACCCUGACCUGUCUAAACAGCAUCACGCACUUGCCUUUGACGACAGUGACACUCUACGCCUCCUGCAUCCUCCUGGGUGUGUUCUUGAACAGCAGCGUUCCUAUAUUUUUUGAGCUCUUUGUGGAAACAGUGUACCCCGUUCCAGAAGGAAUUACCUGUGGUGUCGUCACUUUCUUAAGUAAUAUGUUCAUGGGAGUGCUUUUAUUUUUUCUCACCUUUUACCAUACAGAGUUGUCUUGGUUCAACUGGUGCCUUCCGGGGUCGUGUCUGCUCAGUCUUCUCCUCAUUCUGUGCUUCAGGGAAUCCUAUGACAGACUGUACCUUGAUGUGGUCGUCUCGGUUUAAUGCCGUCGACUCUCGGGACUUCAAAGGGACUGGAUGUCAGCACCGCACGCUGGCUUGGAAUUGCACAGCUCAUGGAGACGAGGAGAAGACACUUCUCCCAGAGGUCUUGUUAGGUUACAGAAUCUCGCGUUAAUUUAAUGACUACUAGGUAAUAAUAAUGCAGAACUUGAGUGUGUGGGGAUUGGAAAACGCCAUGGACAGCACACCUGUGCUAAACUCUGGUUGGAGUAGAGGUGUGACCUCACACGGGAUGAUGCACUGCCCGUGUGAGUAACCCCUUGUGUGUGUUGUACCAGUGCUAACCUGCUGAUGCGCUGAGUUCCGAGAAGAAGCAAAGGUAUGGGUCCCCUGAAGAUGGCUCCUCCCAGGCACACGACAGAGGAAUAGGAGAAACGCCACUAACUUCUAAAGACGUUUGAACCCUGUAUCAGAUUUUAAUUACAAAAUAGCUGAGCUGUAUACCAGUGAUAGAAGUUAUUCACAUGUACACUACAUGUUUUUCUAAUAAAGCCAUUUCUUAUACGACUCCUUAUUUUUAAUCAGGUUGGAAGCCUUUUGCUGUCUUUGGGCACAGGCACUGCCGCAUCCCCACUUGCCCUUAUUUCUGUGAGUACAGCGUCAGUCACAGCAGCAAGGGGACUAAAUGCCUGGUGGGGUUGCAUUAACUGUCAUGGGAAAAGUGUAAUUCCGUUAUGAUUUGGCGCUUUGUUAAAGAUUAAAUGAGAGCCGCGCGAAGCAUGUGUGUCUGCAGCAGCCUGAGAUAGCACAAGUGUAAAGUCCAGCGAGCACUGUUGUAGGCCAGGCUAGACUGUAUUUAAAUGACCCCCAUUUGAGAAGAACGGUGUGUAAUGUUGAAGGUUUUGGAUCUGUGUGUGAUUUCUGAAUUGAUCCCUUGUGUUUUAAUUUAGAUUGUAAUAUACUCAAUUCUAAAUGAAGUCAUUGUAUUUGUUUGGACAGCAUUUUGCCAAUACCUAUUUCUUUCUAUAAAUAAUGGAUUUUUUAAAAACAUA